CAGGACUUGUUACUACCUAUGGUUUUAUACUAUAUAUAUCAUCAUUACUAAGUAUGACAUCGACAUAAAUUGAGAUCAACUUAAAAGAUUUACUAAAUGAACAUGGCGGACGAUCUGGUCAUAAGAUCGGCAACUUUACAAGAUUAUCGGGGUGUUAUGGAUAUUGGAGACGUUUAUGAAGGACGAGAUUAUCUUUCUGUGAUGUAUGAAAAAUAUUUAAAAUGGUUCAACUGCCAUGUUGGUGAAAUAGAUGGUGAAAUUGUAGCUUUCAAUGCAGAUAGAUUGGUAGAUGCCGGUGCAACUAUAGCAACCGCGGCUGCACGUGUUAAAGAGGGUUACCAAGGUCGAGGAAUUUUAGCAGCCAUUUUGAAACAUGUGCACGAUUCGUAUAUAAAUCUUAAGACGGUAAAAUAUGAAGUUAUGACAAUUAAUAAUACUAACGUGUAUGGUGAAAGAAUAAAACGAAAGUUUACACAGAUUUUAGAAAGGGUAGUUGUGGAGAUAAUUGGAGAAAUAGGAGAUUUUAAACCAAAUAAAAUUGAAUCUGAUCAAACUAAAGUUCAAGAGCUGACAUCAGAAGAUUUGAAGGAAAUAUUCCAAUCUAAAGAAAUAUGUUCCAAAUUAUUUCCUGGAGAAAGAAUCGUGCCGAACUGGUAUCCCUAUCGUCUGCUACCUGGGAAUAUACCUCUAAUGAUGGACGGGUGUCAAUUCUGGGGCACGAAAAGUUCUGAGCAAUCAAAAUACACGACAUUGACUGUUACAGAACAUUUUAUCGUAGGAGAAAGAUUGGAGUUCAAACUCUGUAUUUAUGGGAGUGAUGCAGUUGAUAUACAACAACAUUGUCUGAAACAUAUACAUAAUCUGAAUAUCUUGGUUAAAAGCGGAACAUGUACGUCUAUUAUGAUUCACAUAACUUAUUCACUAGAUUGUGGAGAUACCUCGACAUUUUUAUCUGUGUUUGAAAAGAGUGGCCUUAAAAUUAACCAUGAUUUGGACGUGAAUAGAUUGAUUCUAUUAGAACGGAAAAUAAGAUAA